GAAGGCGAGUGUGCAUUGCGGCUGAGAGCGGGGAAGCCGGGGAGCACAGAGAUCACUGCUGGGGCGCUGCAGAAGAGCCGGCAUGGGUGACCAGCUGACAGAGGAGCAAAUUGCAGAGUUCAAAGAGGCCUUCUCCCUCUUUGACAAGGACGGGGAUGGGUCGAUCACCACCAAAGAGCUGGGCACCGUCAUGCGCUCGCUGGGGCAGAACCCCACGGAGGCCGAGCUGCAAAACAUGAUCGGCGAGGUGGAUGCCGACGGCAGCGGCACCAUCGACUUCCCCGAGUUCCUGUCCUUGAUGGCGAGGAAAAUCAGGGGCGCGGACAGCGAGGAGGAUAUCAGGGAGGCCUUCCGGGUGUUCGACAAGGAUGGGAACGGCUACAUCAGCGCGGCAGAGCUCCGACACGUCAUGACGAACCUGGGGGAGAAGCUGUCGGACGAGGAGGUGGAGGAGAUGAUCAGGGAAGCUGACUGCAACAGCGACGGGCAAGUGAACUACGAGGAGUUUGUGCGCAUGAUGAUGGGGAAGUGAGGCCAGGGGCGCGUGCACACGUCCCCUCCUCUCCCCUGUCAGCCUUCCUCCCACCACCGCUGCUGGACGGUGCAUAUCAAGGACUUGGGUUGGUUUCCGCUCUCCUACUGGCAUCUUCCUCUUGCUUUUCUUGUCCUGAUGUUUUAUUCUAAAGGCUGGUUAGGACUUGUCCUGCUCAUUAGCUAAACCCCAGGACUCAUGCAAAACUAGGUCACACCCAGGAC